UUGAAGAUAAAUUGAAAUUUCACUAAGCAUGAGUUGGUGACAGCGAUUGCGUAGUUUUCUUCCCGUUUUCAUCUAGAUUUUGAAAACAAUACAUUGCGAAAGUGAACUUCACAACCUUACAUAUUCAUAACAUGAUUAACGUUAUAAACACUAGUUUCUUUGUCACUUCGGAAUGAAACUGGAUGAGACUUGGGUUGGUUAUAUUAUAUAAUGUUUCAAUGACUUCUAAGUGUUUUUUACUAAAAACAAUAUUCCUUGACGAGGAAAGUAGCUUGAAAGCAUGGAGAAAUAUGCAAUAGAUAUUGAUAAAGUUCUUGAUGAGUUUGAGGAAAAUGAGGCUCUGGAAACAAAUAUCAUUAAGUCUGUUGUAUCUUCAACCAGAGAAAACUUAAAGAAUUAUAAUGAGAUAUCACAGAGUGUGGAGAAAUCACAUGCCAUCUCUAGAACUGAUGAUGCUUUAUUACCUUUUUCUAUAAAUUCAGAUUCUUGUUUUGAUAAUCAAUUGAGUCAGAUUUCAGAUGACUGUAUUGAUAAACAAAAUAAAAAUCUCAAAUUUCUCUUAGACAGUUCAACUUUAUCUAACUCUAAUGUGGGAGAACCUCUUGAAGAUAAAACUUUGGAACUAUGUUAUAAUUGUACAUCCAAUGAUAAAGAAGAUGUGUCUAAUUUUGCUUACAACAAGGACUCUAAGCUUUUAAAUUUUGAUAUAUUUUACAAGCCUGUUGAUUCCAGCAAUUUUAGUAAUCAUGUAAUUUCUACUGAUAGUUAUCCAUCCAUUGUUAAUUCUGUUGCAUGUGUGGAGAAUGAAUGUAAUUUAGAAGAUGAAGUGCUUUGCGUGUCUGUAGAGGAAAUUUCCCCUAAAUUAAAUAAUAUAUCCCAACCUGAAUUUGAACAAAGUGAAUUUACUGUUACAAAUAUUACUCAUAGAUCUGAAUCUAAGAUGUUGGCUGAGUCUGUGAAGAUUAAUGAUCUGAAUGACAGAAGUUACUCUCUAAAUUCUGAGAGUAGACAAAAUAUAAUGCAGUCUGAGCUUGAGGUAGAAAAAUGUUUUGCUAGUGAUAUGUUUCUUGAAUGUUCUGAAAAAGACUAUUUUUCUUCUAAUUCCAAAGAACCUGAAGGCUCAAUUGAGACUGCAGUUCAAGAGAUUUCUUUGAAUUCUAAAGAGGAGACUCUAGAAAUGAAUAAAGAAAAUUCUCAAAGUGAAGUUACUUCCAAAUUUAUGACUCAGUUAAGUGUAAAUGAUUCUUUAGAAUGUUCAAGUUCCACACCAUUUAUUACAAGUAAUGGUAAUUUGGAAGAAAACAUAAUUAAGGCUGAAAAUGAUAUCUCUGAACCUAAAAUAUCUAUUGUUACGGAUAGUUUCGAAUGCUUGGCUGAUAUAACAUCAAUGAAUGAAUCUAUGUCUUCUUUAAUGAAUGAUGAGAAAGUUAAAGUUGAAAUUUUGAAGGAAGAUGAAUGUGUUCCUAAUUGUUCUGAUAUGAGUGAGGCUAUUGAUAAAAAUGUUAUUCCUACUGGACACAGUGCUAGUAAUAUUCUCUCUGACUUAAAUCUUGUAAAUCAAAGUUGCGAUUCACAUACAGAGAGUUUUGUUCAAGAUUAUUUGGUUCCUGUUACAAAGUUUGAUGAAAAAGAAUCACUAAUGUCUGGUGAACAAAAAGAUCUUGAAGAGGCUGUUUCUUUGAAAGAUACUUCAUAUGUUCCUAAAACUGAACCCUGGAAAAUGUGUGAAAUUGAACAUGUUUAUGAUUCUCCCAAUAUUAGUCAGGAUGAUGAUUCUGGUGUUAGUUCUCAAGAAGAUAUAAGUGGUAAUAGCCCCUCAGAAGUACCUGACAAUCAGUCUUCUAGCUCAUCAAAUGCUGUACAGUUUGGCUGUAAUCAAACAGUCUUAUCCGAUAAUGAAUCCAUUAAGAAUUGUCAAGAUAAGACUUCCUUAAAGGGCUCUGUGUCCUCCCUUCAAAACAACAAAUGUGAAGAAAAUAAAAGUUUUGAUUUAAAUGAAAUCAGUCAUAUACCAUCAAAUGGAACCUUAAAUAGUGAAGAAGAAAUAAGCUUCACUGGAGCAAGACCUAAAAUGGAUCUUCCAGUUUUAAAUAAUGUAAAUGAAGAAAAGUUUUCUAGUGAAGAUGCUCUAUCAGCUUGUGAUGGACCCACUGUUGAUAAUGAUGUACUUAAUCAAGGCAUUAUCAAUGAACUUGAGAUUAGUAUCUCUGCUUGUUUAGAAAAUGAGCUAGAUUUAGUGUCUCAAUCUAUUAUUUUAGAAUCAAAUUCUGUUUCUUCGGAUGCAUUAGUUCAGAAAGAGGACGAUGUUGAUUUAGAGGAAAAUAUUGCUUUAAAAACUGAUAGUGAUAUAAAAGUUGAUGAACUUUCACUUCGUUUACAACGUCCAACUUCUCUUAAUCUUCCUUCUCUUCAACUUUCUGCAGCAGAAGUAAUUGUGGAAGAAGAUUUGUGCUUGGACCAUGAAAAUUCUGAUCAACUUGUUGAAAAUGGUUCUCCUGUUACGCCAAUAGAUGAAUUAACUUCAGAAGUUCCAUGUGUAAAACAGCAGCAACAAAUUGGGUUUAUUAGACCCUACUGGAUUCCUGAUUCAGAGGCCGCUAAUUGCAUGCAUUGUGCAAUGAAAUUUACUGUAAUUAGACGAAGACAUCAUUGUCGAGCUUGUGGAAAGGUUUUAUGCUCACGAUGUUGUAACCAGCGAGCACAUUUGGCUUACAUGAAUAAAGAAGACAGAAUAUGUCAACCAUGUGCUGAAAUUUUGACAUCUGGAUAUAAUAAUAUGGUUGUUCAGAAUGAUCAAAUACCAGUUUCUCCAGAUUCAGUGUCUAAUUCAAGUGGAAGUAGUCCAAACUUAACAGAUUUGGUUCAAACUUCUUCUAAACCUGGAGACAAAACAAUAUGGAGACCUCAUCCCAAUAAUCCUGAUGAUUAUUGUUCAACAAUUCCACCACUUCAACAAAUGGAAUUAUCUGGGCCAAAUCCACCCCCAACUGUAAUGGUCCCCAUAGGAGUUUUGAAACGAGGCAAUAAACGUCGCAGAGAGCCGAAACAAGUUAUAUUUUCAGAUGGUAUAAGACCUGGUGGUGAUUUAACAGAUUUAACAGAACCAUUAGAAACUGUUCCAGUUUACAGACGUUCAGGACGCAAAAGAAUGGAUAAAAUAGUUUCUGAUGAUUCUAUUGAAGCUGAUUCUCCUUCUCUAAAGGCUCAACAGAAGUCUAGUCAGAAAAGAUUUUUGGUAUCUGAUGGUGAAGGAACAUUGCCACCAAUUGUGCUACAAUUAGGCCAUGAAAAGGAUGAAAAUGUUAAUUGGAACUAUGUUUUUCAAUUAAUGCAAGAUGAAGAGCAGAAGGCCGUAAAGUUUAUUCUUUUGAAAAAUUUACAUAUCCUCGUAAAAUUAACUAAAUUGGACUGCUGUUAUGGAAAAGAGUGUUGGUGUUUUACUAGCUGUGGAUUUUGUUCAGUUGGACAAGAUGAAGUUAUGAUUAUCUUAGAGAGAAUUCCUGAGGAAACUUCUAUCCCUAGAGAUAUAUUUAAAUUUUUUACGCUUGUUUAUGAUAAUGCAUGUAAAGGGACCACAGUUGAAGAUUUAGGUCAUGUUAUUUUCCCUGAAAAAAUAUUAGAUAGUACGGAUCACCGAGGAUUUCUCUUUGUCCGUCCAACUUUUCAGUGUCUAAGUAAAUUGACUGUCCCAUCGGCUCCUUAUUUAAUUGCCAUUCUUAUUCAUAAGUGGGAAGUCCCAUGGGCUAAAGUUUUUCCUUUAAGAUUGAUGCUACGAUUGGGUGCAGAAUGUAGAUACUAUCCCUGCUCAUUAGUGAGUGUUCGCAAUAGAAAACCGGUAUUCUUUGAAAUUGGACAAACUAUAAUGAGUGUUUUAGCAGAUUUACGAAAUUAUCAGUUUACUCUCCCUGUUAUUCCUGGUGUUGUUGUUCAUAUGGAAGAAAAGAAAACUUGUGUUAACAUUCCUCGCAAUCGCUAUGAUAAGAUAAUGAAAGUUUUGAAAACUAAUAACGUUGAGCACGUACUUCCUCUUGGUUCCAAUUUUAGCACAGAAGCUGAUUCUCAUUUAGUUUGUAUGCAAAAGGAGGAAGGAGAGUAUCAAACACAAGCAAUUAAUAUUGAAAAUACUGUAAGAAAAGUUACUGGUGCAAGUUUUAUAGUUUUUAGCGGGGCUUUGAAGAGCUCGUCGGGUUUAUCUGCUAAAUUUAGCAUUGUGGAAGAUGGCCUUCUUAUACAAAUUCCUCAAGAAACUAUUGUUUCUUUACAUGUGGCUUUAAGAGAAAUGAGAGAUUUGACUAUUGAAUGUGGGCAAAUAGGUGCAGCUGAACCUGAAGAGAUUGUUAUAGUGCAGUGGACUAGAGAUGAUAAAAAAUUUAACAUUGGGGUAAGAAGUCCAAUUGAUGGAAAAAAUUUUGAAGGUGUAUCAAAUUUAAGAAUACAUACAUCAACUGACUAUGCUGGAGAAAACUAUUUAAUUCGUUGGACCGAAAUUUUUUUUAUUGAAAGUGAAGAAAAUGUGUCUUCAAUGCAAAAUGAAGUUGCUGAUCCUUGCCAUAUGGCUGAAACUGUUGCUCAGUCUUGCUGCAUGGCACUUACACCUUAUCUUGAUCAGUUAGCUAAAACAGAACUAACAAAAAUUGGUCUUAGGAUUACAUUGGAUACAGAAAGAGAUAAGGUUGGAUAUGAUAUUGGAUCCUGCUGUAAGCCACUUCCGUCUAUUUAUAUGAAUAUAUUGGAUAGUAGUUUGAUUCCCGUUAUUUUGCGCCUAUCUUCUUCAACUCAAAAUGAAAAAUUAUCAUUUGAGCUUAUAUUUCACAUAUUAUUAAAAUGAUCAGCUUUUUAUUUUUUUAAAAAAGCUCCAUUAUUUCUGUUUGUAAGUCAUAAACUACAUGAUACUAUUAACACCUUUACAGCAGCAUGAUCUAGCUAUAAAAGCCUUUUAGGUUAAAAGUCUAGAACAUGUUUUGAAAUGAAAGAAAUUGUGCAAUUUAGUUGAGAUAUUUUGAACAAAUGGCAUUUUCCUGAAUUGUAAUACUGCAAUGUGUUCUACUUAGGUUCACUUACAUGCUAAUGAGCAGUGAACAUUUCAAUUUUUUGUGAAUAUUAUAUUUUCUAACCUAGUCAACAAAGUGAAUAGAAUAAUAUGCUAUGUUGAUGUUUAUAUUUUAUCACUUGUGUGUAAUUUUAAAUUGCUUGCCUAUUUGUUUUUACAAUGUAUUUGAACAACUUUGAUAACAACAUUCCUGAUAAGAAGUGUCAGUGCAUUCGUUGAAAUAUCUUUAAAUAUUAUUUAUUUAUUCUUCUUUCUUCCUUUAAAUCCUAUUUUCCAUAUUUUCGCUUUAUUUUAUCUGUGACCUGUAUCUUUUCAAGAAAUUUUUUAGGGUUUUCAAAAUUAAUUUUUUGUUUGCUGAGUUGUAUUUUGAUUUAUUUAUUAAAAAAAAUACAAAAUUUUUAGUACCUUGAAAUAUUAACUCUAGCUUUUGAAAACAUAAUUUUUUUUUUCAAAUUGAUGAGUUUACUUGGUCA